UGUGUCUCCUUCUCACUUUAUUCCUUUUUCGUACAAGAAAAAAAUAGCAAGACGCAGCAAUGUCUGGGACUGUGGCUGUCUUACAUCCAUCAAGACCGCGUUCCCCCUUCUCUCCAGACCCAUAACCCUACUCUCCCCUCUUCUCCUCCGCCAUCGAUGGAGACUGGAACUACUGGCCGGGAGUACGGCACCAGCAUCCACAUCACCGCCCUCGACGGCAUCGUGAACGUGAACUCCCUCUUCACCUUCGCCGUCUUCGUAGGCCUCGCCUGGAACCCCAAAGACCCCUCCUACAGCCUCGUCGAUUCCGCUGACACCGCCUGCGUCCCCUCCGACAAUAUCGCCGAAGACCUCAUCGCAUUCCAUGUCUACUCCUUCAGCUCCUUCCUCUUCUCCAGCCUCGUCGCCUUGUGCCUCAAGCAGGCUUUACGGAUCUCCGGGAGUUUCGACGCUCACCGGGUUCGCCUCCUCGAGCACGUCAAUAUCAACAAGACGGCCCUACGGGUGGGGUCUCUCGUCUCCGGCGCGGGUUCGGUCUGCGGGUGCCUCUUCCUCAUGCUGGCUCUGGUCAAUGUGGCUCAGAUCAAGUUGGGGACUCUUGCUUGUGGGAGUCCAUACACUUACGCGGCCGUGGUUCCGCUCGUGAUUCUCGUUCCCGUCGCGCUUCUUGUAUAUGUUUGUGUUGUUUUGCACGCCUUUACUCGCUAGCUUGGUUCCUUUUCUUUCUUUUUGAUAAAUUCCAAAGAUCGAUUUCUGGUUUGAAUUUUAUCACUGAUAAUCGUAUGUAUCUUUAUUAUUGGCUAUCGCACUGAUGAAAUGAUAAUGUCGAUGUUUUGUUCUAAUUAAAA